AUCAGGAAGUGUGCUGCACCACUGGAAUGAAAUCUACUAUUUUGUGGAACAGCUGGCUCAUAAAUUCAUCAGCCCACAGCUAAGAAUGUCCUUUAUUGUCUUCUCUACUCGAGGAACAACCUUAAUGAAGCUAACAGAAGACAGGGAACUGAUUCGUCAUGGCCUAGAAGAACUCCAGAAAGUUCUGCCAGGAGGAGACACUUAUAUGCAUGAAGGAUUUGAAAGGGCCAGUGAGCAGAUUUAUUAUGAAAACAGACAAGGAUACAGGACAGCCAGUGUCAUCAUUGCCUUGACUGAUGGAGAGCUCCAUGAAGAUCUUUUUUUCUAUUCAGAGAGGGAGGCUAACAGAUCCCGAGAUCUUGGUGCAAUCGUUUACUGUGUUGGUGUGAAAGAUUUCAAUGAAACACAGCUGGCCCGGAUUGCGGACAGUAAGGAUCACGUGUUUCCUGUGAACGAUGGCUUUCAGGCGCUGCAAGGCAUCAUCCACUCCAUUUUGAAGAAGUCCUGCAUUGAAAUUUUAGCAGCUGAACCAUCCACCAUAUGUGCAGGAGAAUCAUUUCAAGUCGUCGUGAGAGGAAAUGGCUUCCGACACGCCCGCAACGUGGACAGGGUCCUCUGCAGCUUCAGGAUCAAUGACUCAGUCACGCUCAAUGAGAAGCCCUUCGCCGUGGAAGAUACUUAUUUGCUGUGCCCAGCGCCUAUCUUAAAAGAAGUUGGCAUGAAAGCCGCACUCCAGGUCAGCAUGAACGAUGGCCUCUCCUUCAUCUCCAGUUCUGUCAUCAUCACCACCACACACUGUUCUGACGGCUCCAUCCUGGCCAUCGCCCUGCUCAUCCUGUUCCUGCUCCUGGCCCUGGCGCUCCUCUGGUGGUUCUGGCCUCUCUGCUGCACCGUGAUUAUCAAGGAGGUCCCUCCACCCCCUGCUGAGGAGAGUGAGGAAGAAGAUGAUGAUGGUCUGCCUAAGAAAAAGUGGCCUACAGUAGAUGCCUCUUAUUACGGUGGGCGAGGUGUUGGAGGCAUUAAAAGGAUGGAGGUUCGUUGGGGAGAAAAGGGUUCCACGGAAGAAGGCGCUAAGUUGGAAAAGGCAAAGAAUGCAAGGGUCAAGAUGCCAGAGCAGGAGUACGAAUUUCCUGAACCCCGAAAUCUCAACAACAAUAUGCGGCGGCCCUCUUCCCCCCAGAAGUGGUACUCUCCGAUCAAGGGAAAACUCGAUGCUUUGUGGGUCCUGCUAAGGAAAGGAUAUGAUCGUGUGUCAGUGAUGCGUCCACAGCCAGGAGACACGGGGCGCUGUAUCAACUUCACCAGAGUCAAGAACAACCAGCCGGCCAAGUACCCCCUCAACAACGCCUACCACACCACCUCGCCACCUCCUUACAAAACGGUCCAUCCCACACCACUGCCGUGUGACUCACGCGGCCACCGGAAAGUUCAGGCCAAGAUGCUGACAUCGCUGUGCAACGAGACAGCAGGCAUCAG